AUGACUUGGGUACCUGCUAAUUAUGAUAGUAAUUGUACGCAAAAUUCGAAAACGCUGUCGCUAUUGUGCUUUCUCGUGCAAUAUUUUGGAGAAUCACACGACAGUAUGCUGACGAAAAUCAAUAAUGAUCAUUGUACAAAUGAAGUCGACUAUGAUUUCAUUAUUGUGGGAGCUGGGAGUGCCGGCUGUGUUGUUGCCAAUCGGCUAAGCGAGGAAUUUCAUUGGAAGAUAUUGCUGCUGGAAGCUGGUGAUGAAGAACCGCUUGUGGCUGAGGUGCCAAGGCUCUACCCAAUUUUAUGGAAUUCUAAUAUUGAUUAUGCUUAUCGAACAAAUGAUACGAAAGCUGAAAUUUAUUCGCGGGGCAAAGUUAUGGGUGGCUCUAGCACUAUCAACGGUAUGGUCUAUGCGCGAGGCAACAAGGUCGACUACGACGACUGGGCGAGAAUGGGAAACGACGGCUGGAGUUGGGACGAUGUGUUACCUUACUUUAUAAAGUCAGAGGAUGCGAGAGAUCCACAGAUUCUCGCCAAUUAUUCCCGUUACCAUGGUACUGGCGGGUAUUUAACUGUGGAGGAAUUACCGGAAGAAGAUAAAAAUACGCCGAUUUUGUUGAGAGCAUUUAAUGAAAUAAGCCUGAAUGAAACAGACUAUAACAAAGGUGAUCAACGCGGUGUAGCUCGAAUGCAGUUCACCAAUGUUCAUGGAACUCGACUAAGUUCCAAUGGUGCCUUCGUUAGACCCAUUCGAGGGCAACGACCAAAUCUGGUUGUAAGACCGAAUGCUCGUGUGACAAGGAUCAUGAUAGAUCUUGAGUCGAAAUGCGCAACCGGAAUUGAGUAUGAAAUCGGCAUGAAAAAUAAGAUUGUUACAAAACAGGCUUUUGCCAAAAAAGAAGUUGUUGUCUCAGCUGGUUUCAUAGAGUCGCCGAGACUACUAAUGUUAUCCGGCAUUGGUCCUAAAAAGGAUUUACAGCAGCUAAACAUAACAGUGGUGAAGGAUUUGCCUGUAGGUCGCAAUCUUCGCGAUCACUUCAUGGUGCCAAUGACACUACUUUCGUCGAACAGUGAAGUCCCAAUGAGUGAUGAAAUGGUAAAGAGUAAUCUUUUCAAAUGGCUCAAUACUCACGAGGGUCCAAUGUCGGCAAGAGGAAGCAUAAAUAUUAAAGCGUUUUACCAAAGUGAAUUUGAGAAACGUCCAGGAGCCGUUGACAUUCAUUACGGUCUAUCGGGCGGAACCAUUGACCAAUCUCUUGGAAAUAUAACCAUCUUUACGACUCUCGUGGCACCUAGAAGCAGCGGCUUCAUUAAGCUCAACAGCCUCGACCCACUUAGAGUCCAGCCAGAUAUCAGACUAAAUAGUCUUUCUGAUCCGCAAGAUAUUGAAGUGCUAGUCGAAGGUUUGAAGUUUGCGCGUAAACUUGCAAACACUACCACUUUAAGAAAUGCAGGUUUGGAAUUACCUAAAGCUCCAACUGCUGGCUGCGAAAAUUUCGAUACUCGGAGUGAUGACUACAUUCGCUGUUUUAUUAAAAAUAAUGUACGGAGCCAUAGCCACGGAGCAGGAACUUGUAAGAUGGGACUUGCGAGUGACGCUAGUGCAGUGGUCAGUCCGCAAUUGAAAGUUCACGGUAUCCGACGACUGAGGGUGAUAGAUGCGUCUAUCAUGCCCCAAGUAGUCGCCGGUAACACCAAUGCACCGACAAUCAUGAUUGGUGAGAAAGGUAGUGACAUGAUCAAAAAGGAUUGGCUAUGA